AUGGAAUUUUUUGAUCAAAUGCGGGCCUUUGCUGAUAAGCUUCACCAUCGCACUCGUAUCUCUCUGCCUCAUUCUCACGUUUCGAAGUCAGACAACAGUUUGGAGGAAGAACUUGACGAACUUGUAAAGUAUCUAUCGACAAUCCACGCCCGUUUUCUCGAAGCUCAGGGUACCUCGGGCCAGAAUGGCGAUCCUCGUUCGUCUGGGGACCUUAUCAGAAUCUUGAUCAGCGUUCAUGGGAAUCUCCAAGUUACAUUGCAGAUGGUAGAAGAAGAGGAUGCGAAAAAUUAUGAAGUUGCUAAAAAGGCCUUUCUCUGGAAGUCAGAAUUGCUGAAUUCAGUUGCGGAUGCCAUAGCCAUCGAAAAUCACAAAUUGAGAGUAUUGCUCUGCACUUUCGACCCAAAUACAAAUGUCGAAGCUGCCAUUCCUCUAAAAUGGGGAAAGAAGAGAUCGCGAAAGAUUGAGGGCUACGUCGAAACCGAGAUACAAAGAUGUGGGAGACAGGGACGCGAAGUAAGCCGACUGGAUGGCUAUAACUACCAAUUUAAGUGGAACAAAUUGAACGAUGCAGAAUACUUGAGUCAUAUUUCUGGUGACAAACUUUGCAAAGUUUCGGCUAAAUCUUGGGAAGCUUUCAUUCAAUGUUUCACUGAGAAUCUACAAAUCGCACAGGAAGAGUCCUGUGAACCUUCUGAUAGGUGGAUACAUCUUAUGAUUUGCUCGCACUACUUGAUGUCUGCUCGAGACUCUCGGGAGUAUCGCCAAUUUGCCACACAUUUCACACAUCCUCAAGAUCUAUGUAUCAUUGAUACGGGUUUCACUUUACAUCAUUACAUAACGGAGCUGGAGAUCCUACUCUUUGGCAUUCUUACUGAACUAGAAACAGAAUACCUCAAUCCUGAUGCUGUUCAAGAAAGGACCAAGACGAAGAACUCGCAGCAAUCGACGCCAUCAACUCCUCAAACUCCUCCCCUAGUGCAAGAUAGGCAUGAAAGUGUCUCAACUGGGUCGACGCAGUCCAUGAGCAUCGAUGAAUACGGAGUUAUUUUCAAAUGUCAACUCAGCGGCGAGCAAGCUGGCCAUGUAAUUAAAAUUCGAAUAGAUGCAGAAGGUGCAUUGACUCUGGAUUUGGACGAGGAACCACGUCUCUGGCCUAACACCCUCCAGGCGUUCAGAGAAUUAGAUUUACGAAGAGCUUCUAUUCACCCUAAUUAUCUUACCCCCGGAAUUUAUAUGUGUGAUUUAAUCCUAGAGAGAAAACUACACGGAAGACCCGAUAUCACCAAUGGCCGUUUGUUCUUUCAAAGCUCAACAAGUUUGAAGGAGUUCCAAAGGGCUCUGACAGGAUUUAAGGUUUUAGUAGACUUUCAACGGGGCAUCAAACUUCGGACCCUUGAAAAGUAUCAAUUUGAAAGCAAGAAUGCAAUCACUGGAAGACUACAAAUUUGGCUCAAAGAUUUUAGCAGCGGGCAUGAUUCUACUCAACCAGGUGCAGGCUCUUCGCUUCGAAGAGCAUCGACAUCCCUCUCGAACAUGAGCGGGACUACCUUUGCUUCAAUGGCCACACUGAAGGCACAACAAGCUAUUCCUGGUUCACAUCUGACUACUAUUGACGAAGGCAGUGGCUUAAAAAUAGAAAUGCCCGUUCCUCCACUUAUCAUUAUGUUUGUUGAAUCGUCGUCGCGAGAUGGGAAGAUUCAACGAGGGCAGAUCUUGGCAUUUAAAUUUGCAGAGCAAUCGAAGCUUGAUCGCAAAAAAUGCAAGCCUGAUGACAAGUUUCCUCGCUGCUUUGUGCUUCACCCUGUUCGUUGCGACCUUCAAAUCGGACCUUUGAAAUUUCCUCAAAACCCGAAAGAACUCAGCUGGCUCGAAGUCUCUUUCUCAAAUGAUGAAGAAAGGGAAAUUUUUACUAAACAACUUGAAGACGCAAGAAAAAUAUACCAUCGACGUAUGAAAGAACAUAACAAGGGCUUGAAAUUCAUGCGCCAGGGUCGUCAUAACACCAGAGAAUACGGCGUGGAUUAA